AAAGAAGUGUAAUGUGUGCCACUCUGCACAAUUAGUUUCUAAAAGUACAAAAGAAAAAACUACAAUACACAAUAAUAAUAAAAAUAUUUAGAAAAAUUUUGUGGAAUAAAAUGAAAAUCGUCAGCAUACAAAUAACUGUGAUAGUGAUAUUAUUAAAUUUAUUUAAUUUUUCUAAUGCUAUACUAAGACGUUGUUAUUCUUGUCGUUCACGAGGUGAACUGGGCAGUUGCAGAGAUCCUUUUAAUUUCAAUGCCACCGAUGUAGAGAGUGAACCGGGCCUAGCGGCUAUACCCUGUGCUUCCGGCUGGUGUGGCAAAGUUAUUGAGGGUGGUGGUACCUAUGCUACGGAUGAUUACGAUCAAGCCAUACAACGUAUGUGUGUACAACGUGGCCCUGAUGACAAUCAAGACCGCUGUGCCAACACAAUAUACAAUUACAAAAAGGUCUACAUGUGCUUCUGUCAAGGUGACUUGUGCAAUGGCAGUGAAACACUAAAUAAAUUACAAUUUAAGCAAAUCAUAACCAUUGGUGCAAUAUUAACAAUUUUACACAGAUUUUGGUAAAAUUCUUGUUUGCCUGUUAAAUUAUGAAAUUUUAAAUAGAAAUUUCUAAAAAAAAAAUAAAGAAAAUGUGGAAUAAAUGUUUUAAAUAAAUAAGUCGCUUCCUUGAACCUUUUAAAAAACUUCAAAUGUUAUAUUAAACAAAUUAUAUAAACAAAUUUUUUUUAUAUUAUUAAAAUGAAA